GUCGGGGCGGGGCGGUCCUCAGCUGGCCGGGCCCCGGCGGGGCGGGCGGAACGCGGAGCCCGGGCGGCGGCGAACGGCGGCGGCGCGGGCACGGCGGGGCAUCGGAUCCUCGGCGCGAGCCUCGGGCUCGGGCCUGGAGAGGCGGCUGCACCGCGAAGCCACGAGCGAGAUGGCAGAGUCCCCGCCGCCAGGCGCGGCUGCUAAAAGUUGCCGCGAAGAACCGGAGAGGGGCGGGGAGCGGCGCCCCGAGGAGCCGCCGGAGCCGCGCGGUGCUACCGCCCGCGGUGCGGACCGGGAGGACGAGGCGGGGCCCUCGGAGCCGGACUCGCCGGUGGCCGCCCCCUUCUUCCUCCUGUACCCGGGCGAUGGAGGCGCGGGCUUCACAGCGCGCCCGCCACCGCAGCGCGCCUGGAGGACCCCGCCGUCGCCCGGCUCGCCGCUGCCCUUCCUGCUGCUGAGCUACCCGAGCGGCGGCAGCGGCGGCGGAGGCAAGCACCAUCCCAACUAUCUCAUGGCUAACGAGCGCAUGAACCUGAUGAACAUGGCCAAGCUGAGCAUCAAGGGCCUGAUCGAGUCGGCCCUGAACCUGGGCCGGACCCUGGACUCUGACUACGCCCCGCUGCAGCAGUUCUUCGUGGUGAUGGAGCACUGCCUGAAACACGGCCUGAAAGCCAAGAAAACUUUCCUUGGACAAAAUAAAUCCUUCUGGGGCCCCCUAGAGCUGGUAGAAAAGCUUGUUCCAGAAGCCGCAGAGAUAACAGCAAGUGUAAAAGAUCUCCCAGGACUCAAGACACCGGUUGGCAGAGGAAGAGCCUGGCUUCGGUUGGCAUUAAUGCAAAAGAAGCUUUCUGAAUAUAUGAAAGCCUUGAUCAACAACAAGGAACUUCUCAGUGAGUUCUAUGAAGCCAAUGCCCUCAUGAUGGAAGAAGAAGGAGCUAUUAUUGCUGGUCUCCUGGUGGGUCUGAAUGUCAUCGAUGCCAAUUUCUGCAUGAAAGGGGAAGACCUGGACUCUCAGGUUGGAGUUAUAGAUUUUUCAAUGUAUCUCAAAGAUGGAAACAGCAGUAAAGGUAGUGAAGGGGACGGACAGAUUACUGCGAUCCUAGACCAGAAGAACUAUGUAGAAGAACUCAACAGACAUCUGAAUGCAACCGUAAACAACCUUCAGGGAAAAGUAGAUGCAUUAGAAAAAUCCAACACUAAAUUGACAGAGGAACUUGCCGUUGCUAACAACAGAAUUAUUACCUUACAAGAAGAAAUGGAAAGAGUUAAAGAAGAAAGCUCCUAUCUACUGGAAUCCAAUCGGAAGGGUCCUAAGCCAGACAGAACUGCAGAAGGGCAAGCGCUGAGUGAAGCCAGAAAGCAUCUGAAGGAGGAGACACAGUUACGACUGGAUGUUGAAAAGGAGCUGGAGCUGCAGAUCAGCAUGAGGCAGGAGAUGGAGCUGGCUAUGAAGAUGCUGGAGAAGGAUGUCUGUGAGAAGCAGGAUGCCCUGGUGUCUCUGCGGCAGCAGCUGGAUGACCUCCGGGCUCUGAAGCACGAGCUUGCCUUCAAGCUGCAGAGUUCAGACCUAGGAGUGAAACAGAAAAGUGAAUUAAACAGUCGCCUGGAGGAAAAGACCAGUCAGAUGGCUGCCACCAUUAAACAGCUGGAGCAGAGUGAAAAAGAUUUGGUGAAACAGGCAAAGACCUUAAAUAGCGCAGCAAAUAAACUGAUCCCAAAGCACCAGUAACCGUUGUGCAGUUGGUCAGCUCACAAGUCUGACGUUACAGAUUAACGAUAAAAGGAAGAAAUCUGCAAUUCCUACACUUAAGCUCUGAUUCUAUACAAAAUAUCACCAAAAGUUGACCUUGAAUUUGUUGGACUUAAAAAAAAAAUAUAGGUGGCUGUAUGGAUAUAUAGGUUGGGUUUUAUUGUUGUGGUUGCUGCUGUUACGCCCUCCCGCCCCCCCAGAGUUAGACAUUUUGGUAUGGAUUCCUCAUUAAAUACCAAAUAAACUUUGAGAAAUAUUUCUGAGUUUUACAGUAAAUCAAAAGAACAUUUGUAGGGAGCCUGGGGGCGGAAGCACUGUGCUUGUGUGCUUGCUGGUGUCAGACUCUGUGUGUGCCUCUGUCCGCGCCAGGGAGCCUGCUCUCUGCAGUGUAAUGGCGUACAGGUGUCACCUGGUGACCCGAAACUCUUCUAAAGUAGCUCUGUCUCUUAGGCCAUGACUCCUUUUCUCUUGACUUACGUAGGUUUCAUCAAUCCCCAGCCCAAGAUAAGUAUUUAGUAUUUCAUUACGGUUCUGUUCUCAGUAACCGAGAUUGCUUGCAAUUUAUUUCUGCCUUAGCGAUGUUGGACAAGAAGAAAAACAGCAUCCUUACAUCUCUUUAGAACUCAGAAACUAAGUAGUGAUUAGGUAGCUCUUACAUCACAGCGUGGAAGCCUGAGAAAACCCUCUAACACCGCCAUCUUCUACCUCCGCCCUUCUCCGACAUCCUACUUACUACGUAGGUAGCUCAGAGAGGAUGUUAAUACAAAUCCGAUGUCACAUCUGCCCUGCAUUCCUGCUGGAAUCCCGUGAGGCCACAUUGUAGUCAUGAGUGGCAACUUCCUGCCUGUUGUCCUCCCCUGGAGCACUUCCCCAAGAGCUUCCAUCACUUUUUCUGUAAAGAGAAUUUGCUAAAUGUUCUGGGAAACUAAUCUAGUUACUAAAAAACAACAAAUUUCCAAAUGAGAAAUAAAUAAUAUACUAGCAUUAUUGUUUAAUAUCAAAAUAAAGAUCCUCAAGCGCCCCGAGCAAUACAAAGUGAGUAAGCCUUUUCUAAGCGACCACGGGUCUAACCCCUUCUGGGCUCUACAUUGUAAAUAAUUCUAUAAAUACUUUGAUUUAAGAAAAAACACACUAUUUGAUUUGGGGAGGCAGGCUUUUCUAUACGUGAGCCUUUACUCCAUCCAGUGGUAUCAGCACAGUGCUCCUCAUAUAGCAUAGCCUGUGCUAAGAGAGAGGCAAAGAUAACCCCUUUGCUUCCAGCUCCUCAAAAUCGUUACCUUCUUGGUGACCUGGAAUUAAAAGUGCCCCAGGGCUAGUGCAGCCUGCGUUAGAGCCAGCUCUGUGGGGGUCCCGUGGCCCUGAACUCAUUUGAAUUCUCACAGUUUCUCACUGCAUAGGUAAAGCGCCUACUGCAUUCCAUUUAUCAGCCUUUAAUGGUGGUGAGUCGCCUUUUACCUGAACAUCUAAAAAAAUAAUCGAAUCAAGAAAAGACUAACAUAGCAUGCCUCUAAAUUCUAUUACAGAAAGCCUCAAAUAUUUCACCUUCUAAAACAUGAUUCUUUAUAGGUGCAAAGUUCUAAGACAUUUAGAGGAAAGCAUCCCUGAGAAUCUUGCGGAAAACAUGGUCAGGAGUUGUAGGAACCCCAGUUGUAGGAACCCCAAUGUCUGCCUGGUCACAGGACAUCUGAUAGGAUUGGAAAGGAGAGGCAGCCAGACGUCCACAGGGUCCUUGGGAAGGUGGAGCCUGGGUAAGGCUACUGCGGCAGCCUCCCGGCCUCCGGCCUCCUGCAGCACAGGGGGGUCAGGGGGAGCUGCUCCCAGGAGCACACUCGCUGUGUGUAGAAGACAGAGAGAGGAUAGGUACCAGAGUGUCAGCAAAGACAGACAGUGGCUUCAACAUCAAUUACUCUGUACUUGACGGUGGCUCUGGAUAUGGAUUUCCGAAAAGUGAUGUCUUGUUGUUGAUCAUCUAAUGGCUGUAAACUGUAGUACUAGAAUAAAAAAAAAAAAUAGAAAAUCAGCUUCUCUUCUGCCUGCUUCACCUUCAUCUUGUUUUUCUUUAGAAUUUGUUUCUUCUCCAUCUUUUUCCCCUUCAUAAUUUCUCCCCGCCGGGUUGUUUUACUUUGUGUUUGUGGACUUGGUCUUCCUCCCCACCAUGGCUUUUGUU